UUACUAUACAUUGAAGUAGUGAAUUCAUCCAUUAAUGCUACAUGCCAUCUACACGCAUUUUAUUUUCCUUAAAGUGUGAAUAUUUGCACCCCAAUCGAAGUGCAGGCAGAUUUGGAUACCAUUUUCGCCGUAAGUCUAAGCUACUGAACGCUAAACUGUAUGUUUACUUGUUGUCAUGCAAGGACGAAGCAUAAGACGUGAACUCAGUCCACAAGAAUGUGUUUAAACACUCUUAAGUAAAAUUCUUUGAUGGUGUGCGAAGAGACCGAAACGGUAACUCCAGAUUCCCAGGGGAAAGCAUUUCUGCAAACUGAAAAUGAAUAAAAGUCAAUCGUGGAAGGAUAUUGCACCUGAAGGUGAGAAAGUGGCUGAUCUAGGGCGAACAAGUUCGCAGCCACCGCAUACACCACAAGCCACGACAAAUGAGCACAGUUUUGCUGCGGUAAAUUCAUCUUCAAAGUCAAGCAUGGAUGAAAUGCGACGAAGGAUUGUUCAACUUAACAAGGAAUUGGAACAAGAGAGAACCCUUGUAAAAAAUCUGAGAAGAGACAAGGUAUUGGAGGUCAGACAAGCACGAGACGAAGAACAGCGAAAAGCGAUCGCCAUGCAAACCGAAUUAAGGUCGAAACUUCACAAAGAAAAGGUAAAUGAGCUAACGGCUUUGAAAGAACAAGUUCGUAAAGAAAAAGAGAAGGAAAUAUUGCUGAUAAUAAGACAAAAGGAUGAGAUUUUAAGAACUGCUCAACAAGCUUGGGCAAAGGAGAAAGACGAACUUAAAUCGAAGAUUCGUAAUGAACUUCGUGGCGAAACGCGGGAAGACAGCAAACGUGAAUUUGAAAAGGAACGCUGUAGAAUGGAGCAGGAAAUUGCAGAUCUCUAUCGACAGAAACGUGACUUGGAAGAAACACUUAAGCUUGUUCAGGAUGCUGAUAAAAGAAAAAUAGAAGAUAUUCGAAGAAUACACCACGAACAUGAAGCAGAACUAGAUAAAUUCAAGAGAAAUUCAUGGCAAGAGAGCAGACAGCAGAUGGCAGAAAUUCGUCAGUUGCUUAACAUAAUUGAACAACUUGAAAAGAAGCUUGGAUUAGAAGCUGGGCAUUCCAUGAGACUUAGACUGGAAAAGGACAACUUAAAUGACUUGUUAAAAAAAUCCACAACAUUUGAUACUUGGGACAGAAUGAUGUCAAGUGGGAAAAGUGAGCAGGCAACCCCUCCAGGAACUCCUGAUUCUAAAGGCAGCAGUCAAGAAUUUAGAAUGCUGCAAAGAAAGAAUGUGGAACUUAGUUCUUUGGUUCGCAAACUGGAUGAAAAAAAUCAACAACUGGCUACUAGAAAUGCUGAAUUGCUGGCUGAGUUGGAGAAACUUGAAAAGGACAAUCGAGAAAAAAACAGAAAGCUUGAAAGGAAGAAUACAGAUUUAGCACAAACAAACAAGAGGCUUGAAAGUCGGAACAAACUGUUACUUGAUGAAGUUAACUCUUGGAAAAAGACUUUAACCAAAAAGAAGGAGAAUACUGUAAAACGAAGGGGACCUGCAAAUAAAGAGGAUGAGCUUGGUGAGUUAAAGGCCCAAGUAAGAGAGCAGACAAGAACUAUUGCAGACCUGAAGCAAAGCAUGAUGGAAAAAGACCGAAGGAUUGAGCUCCUAAGAGGCAGAAAGAAAAAAAGCAAGCAGCAACCAGUUAGCCUCAUGUCACAACCCACAGAUCUUUUCCCAGUGGCUGAUGACGAUGCCUUAUCAGUUCAUUCUGACUUUAGUGAAGCUUCAGAAAUGUCAUCUAGUGAAGAUGUUGACAGCAAAAGAAUAAAAAAGCUUGCAAAAGAGCUUUUAGCUUUAGAGCGAGCUUAUGCCCUUCUCCAAGCUCAAGUAAGCAGUGCAGUGGAUGUUGAAAGGGAUGAGAUGGCAAAACAACAGCUCCAGUCAGACUUGCUUGAAAGUCAAACAAGAAUUCAUGAACUCGAGAGAAUGAUAGACAGUGGACAGGGUUCUGGAUUACAAGAAAUAUCCAAUCUUCAAGAAGAUAACAAGGCUUUGUAUCAAAAGCUGGUGGCAGCAGAACAAGCUCGAGAUAAGGCACAAAGUGAGCUGGAUAAAUACUCCGAGGACAUGCGAGAGUUACAGGAUCAAAGAGAUCUGCUGGAAUUCGAACUGGAAGAAAUGUCGCAGUUAUCUACUGCAGGGUCAGAGGACUGGGAUUCAAGAAAAUCCAGAAAUGGCCUUGAGUCAUUUUCAUCGCCAAGAAUGCUGAGUAAUGAUGCUGCUGUUCUUACGUUGGAGGACAUUAAAGCCCUUCUUGAGGAACUGGGAUCGGAAAAGGAAGAUGUUUUGUCCCCAGUACAAAAAAGUGCUCUUAAACAAGCCAGAAUCAUGCUGGAAUCAAUGGAUGAGAAAAUCCAUCACAUGGAGAUUACUGAGAUGGCAUUGAGAGACAAAGUCCGGGACUUGGACUUGGGCUACAACAGUGAGUCCUUGAAGUCUGACCUUGAUGAAACCAGAAGCCUUUCAUUACUCACCUGUGAUCGUGAGACACUUGCAGACUUGCAGUGGACUAAGGUGGAUAACAUUGAACUCUACCAAGAGCAACGAAUGGAAGCAAUGAAAUAUCUAAAGCACGCAAGAGUAGUAACAGAAGACACGUGUUGUAUGACAGAUUUGACUGGGGAUGAUUUAGUUAGUCUUGAAAACAUAGGCAGGAAUUACCCUCACGACUUUCCAGAUAGAGGAGAGACAAGUGGAAAGAGUGAUAAAGAUUGCAUGACGGAUCUUGCAUGGUGGGAGUUAGGAGAAAUGGAAGAAACCUAUGUUCGUUCAUUCGCACAUGGAAAAUGUAAAGGUGAGGUAGAAACUGUAGAUAAUGAAACAGACAUAAAUUGCCAAGAUCUUGAGGAAUUAGAAAGUAAGAAACAAGAAACAACGGCAGGUAGAUCGAGUCGGGAGGAUAGUGACACAGUGGCGGAAAUAAGUUGGGAAGAACUAGAUCAACAGGAAAACGAAAAAUCUAAUUCUUCUUUACCAAGAGGGGUUAGCGAGAGCAACAUGGACAUGGGAAGUCAUGGACAUGAAGUAGGAAUUGUUACCGACCUCAGUUUGGCAGAACUUGCCCUCAUGGAAAUUAAAUACUUAGAAUGUAUCGAAAACCUUCACGAGGUCAAAUCAGGUGUAGUUACGGAGAAGGACGAGAUGACUGGGUUUUCAUCCGUUGAAUGGGUGGAAACUUUACCUGAAAUUGUGCUGGACACAUUUCCAGAAGAUCUCGCUUGCACAAAAGAUCAGUGCGAGAUGACAGAGUUGAAAUGCGAUGACAUAGCAAAGUUGAGUAACAAGUGUAUUGACUACAAACAUAGUCUUGAAGAACUGGAAAAGAGGAUUGCUCUUUUUGACGUUGAGAAAAAAGAGGAGAGUUGUUCUACAGAGUUCACGUGGAGUGAUAUUGAUAGCUUACAAGAAAAAUGUUACAGUUAUAAGUGUAUUAUCAGUGAACUUGAAGACAAAAUCUCCCUUUUUGAAGUCGAAAAGAAAGAGAAAAGUAGUUCCACAGAGCUUUCUUUGCAAGAUCUCGUAAACGCCAGAUUCAGUGUCGAUACAAAAGAAGUUGAAACUAUAACAGAUGAAAAAGAUUUUUUGGACAACGAAGAUUUACCAGAGAUCGUAUUCGAGACCUAUCCAGAGGCGGAGACUAAAGGUGAGUGUGAUACAACUCACGGAGUGUGGGAAGAAGUUGUGGACCUUAAGAACACUUACAGAGAUUACAGGGAGAACUUGGAAGAUAUGAAAAACAAACUUGCUCAGUUUCAAGUGGAGAAAGAUGACAAAGAGAGCAUAACUGAUAUAGCCAUGCAAGAUCUUGCUGAUCUGGAAAGUUUGUACAAGGAACAUUUGCAUGAUGUGGAUUCAGAUUCAAAUUCCAUAUUAAGUCAUGCUGAAAAAGAGUCGCGGCAAUGCAUGACAGAACUGACGUUUGUCGAGCUUUCGGAGCUUGAGGAUUUUUACAUUGAGAAUGCUGCUCGUCAGGAGGAAAGUCUACCGAUGGUAGAAAAAUGGGAGCAAGAGAGCAUGACAGACAUUACACAUGACGUCCUUCAGUACCUUGAGGAAGUAGAAGAGCUUUACAGACAAAAGACGAGAGCUGGUGCAGACGAAGAGGUAAGAAAAGAAGAGAAGUACACUGCGACAGAUCUGACAGUUUCGAUUCUCGACCAUUUGUUAGAAGGGGCAAAUGGUCUCCUGGAGUUCAGUACAGAGAAAAUGGACAAGAUGAUCUCGACAGACGUAACCAUUCCCGUCCUCGAGCCUCUACAUCAAACUGAAAAACUUCACCAGAGGUAUCCCAAAGUAGACAAGUGUGUAGCUACAGAGCUAACUUCUGAUGAUAUAGAAUAUUGGGGGCAAGAAGAGAAAUUACACAGGGAACGUUUAAAUGGUAGGGAAGAAAACAAAACAAUUGCUGACAUGGGAAUCGAGCAGAGAUAUGAUGUGGAGAUUAGUAGUUUGCGAGGAAAAAGCGAAGAACUUGAGAAUGAAAAGAAUUCAGUGGAAAGGUUAACUGUGGAGACAAUGACAUAUCUUACCGUCUCGGAUCUUAAGUGCUAUGAAAACGUUGAUGCGGUUAAUGAUGUGUGCUUUGCUGAGAAGCACAGUGUUGAAACCAUGACUGAUUUCACUCUGUCGGACCUAAAAUACUUGGAGGCUGUGAAAGGGCCAAGAAAUGAAUGUACUCCUGAUAGAAAUGCGGAACCACAGGCCAACAGAUAUGGAGCCAUAAGUGUCCACAGUUUGACUGCUUCGGAUCCACAGCUACUGGAAGGUGUUGAAGCCUCUCAUAAGGUAUGCCUUGUUGAUGGGGAGGACAAAUUAUAUUUCAGAAUUGGAGACAAAGAAAGUGUGGGAGUAAUGACAGAUUUAACUGCGUCCGAUUUGAAAUACUUAAAAGAUGUUGAAGCCGCUCAUGAGGCAUGUCUUGUUCAUAAACAAGAAGAAUUAGAUGCCAGAAUUGUAGACAAAGAAAGCGUGGAAGUAAUGACAGACCUAACUGCAUCUGAUUUGAACUACUUGGAAGAUGUUGAAGCAGCGCAUGAGGAAUGCCUUGCUGAUAAGCACGAAGAAUUAGACAUCAGAACUGUGGACAAAGAAAGCGUUGAAGUAAUGACAGACUUAACUGCAUCUGAUUUGAACUACUUGGAAGAUGUUGAAGCAGCUCAUGAGGAAUGCCUUGCUGAUAAGCACGAAGAAUUAGACAUCAAAACUGUGGACAAAGAAAGCGUUGAAAUAAUGACAGACUUGACUUCAUCUGAUUUGAACUACUUGGAAGAUGUUGAAGCUGCUCAUGAAGAAUGCCUUGCUGAUAAGCACGAAGAAUUAGAUGUCAGAAUUGUGGACAAAGAAAGCGUGGAAGUAAUGACAGACUUAACUGCAUCUGAUUUGAACUACUUGGAAGAUAUUAAAGCAGCUCAGGAGGAAUACCUUGCUGAUAAACACGAAGAAUUAGACAUCAGAAUUGUGGACAAAGAAAGCGUUGAAGUAAUGACAGACUUGACUUCAUCUGAUUUGAAACACGUCAGAAUUGUAGACAAAGAAAGCGUUGAAGUAAUGACAGACUUAACUGCAUCCGAUUUGAACUACUUGGAAGAUGUUAAAGCAGCUCAGGAGGAAUACCUUGCUGAUAAACACGACGGGCUUGAAGCUGCCACAGUGAAGAAAGAAAACGCAAAUAUUAUGACAGACUUAUCGGUUUUGGAUCUACAACGUCUGGAGGAUGUUGACUCUGCACACAUGCAAUGCUUGUUUUACAUAGACAGAAAAGAACAUAGGAGUGACCCUCCGCAUACGAAGUUUCAAGUUCGCGGAAAACUGGAAUCAGCUCCCACUGAAAACGAGGAAAGUAAAGCACCGAAGUGGAGACGGCGUUCAAGGUCUACCUCAGUGUCUGUUCAUAUGCAGAAUAAGCACACCAUGACCGAGUUGACAGCCAACAUUCUCGAGUAUUUUGAAGAUAUAGAAGUUCUUUACAAGAAAACGUUGGUGGAAUACGACGACUUUAGAAAGUUACAUUCUGUGGAGAAGGUUGAGAAGGAGUCUAUGACAGUUAUCACAACUGAAGAUUUGAAAUAUUUGAAAGACGAAAGUAGUAUACGUCAAGAAACGGAAGAGAAGGAGGUCAUGACUGAACUAGCGAUUGACGAUUUGGAUUAUUUAAUGGGUGUAGAAAGUUCUUACAAUAAUCACGAGCUUGAUAGAAGAUCUGAGGACAUGAAUAGCGAGAGGACUGCAGAGAUCAUGACAAGUGUGACAUUGGCCUCCAUAGAGUGUAUGGAGGACGAGUAUGAGAGACUACAGCGGGAGCAACCACAGGAAAAAGACCCCUCUUGGGUUAGAAUUGAACAAGAGGACAGCUCAUCUGAACUACAGUACCUGGAAGAAGUAGAACUUUCUUGCAAAGAGGAUUCUUUUGGGGCUGCAGAACUCGCUAGUUCAGAAGAUGCAGGGGUAAUGACGGACCUCACAACUGCCGAUUUGGAAUACUUAGAGGAAGCGGAAAAUCUUUUGAAAAGUAUUAAUGACAAUGGUAGUGAACUAUCAGGAAUGCUUGCACCCAAGGAGGACAAAGAAGUCAUGACAAAAUUGACAAAUUCUGAUAUUGACCACCUUCACACGUUGGGAGAGUUCCAUAUUGAUGGUACAAUGGCACUUUCAAGUGAUGGUGAAGUCGAGAAAGAUGAUAAGGGUACAGAAACGGAACUCACAGUAGCAGAUAUCCGAGAUCUCGAAGAUCAAGCGGGCAGUGGGUCUGAAAAGAGAGCUACGCCUUCGUUUCAUGAAUUUGUUCAUGACAAUUUCCAAGCUGAAACACUCGUGAAUUUGCAAUCAGAGUUAGAUUAUCUACCUGUUUUGGACGAGCCUGAAUUUAUCAUGGACGAGGACGAAGACGUAGAUAUCGAGGAGAAUCAGUGUCGAGAUGCUUGUGUCAUGACCGAGCUAACAUUUUCUGAUUUGCAACAGUUUGGGAUAUAUGACACCUGUGAUGGUGUUGGUUUAAUUCACUCACGUCGAGAACAGACUGAUUUUGGUGUACAAUGUACCCUGGAGGAUUUAAGUUCGCUUUUGGAGGAGCUUAACAAGGAAGCAGAAGAGAAAGGGGUGGAUGUUCCUUCGUGGUUUGUGACAGCCUUAAAGAUGAGACAACCAGGAGGUUUCAAUCCCAUACAUCUUGUAGUGGGACAAACUGAUGAGAUAGAUGCACCUCCAGCAGUCGAACUUCCGAACUCAGGAGUGACCCCCGAGCAUGUCCCAGAGAGGGCACAAAUGUCUAACAUCCCCAUCGACAUGGCACACGUCUCUGACGGUUUACAUGAAUGCUUCUCGUCCAACAGUGAAACAAAUAUACUGCAUUCAGGUGCUUCUUUCAAAAACAUUGGUGUUCAAUGUGAUCCUGUGGAUGUCGACGCCAUGUUGUCAGGGUUUAGAGGAAUACAUCCACGUGAUGUGGACAUGCCAUUGUUCGUGUCUGCUAUUAACAUGGCCCGGCAAGAUACAGGCUUUAAUCCAGUGGAAGUAGUUGUGAAGAAUCGCAGUGAUUCCAAUCCUGUACAAGAUGAAGUGGCUACCGAACCUAAUAACAGUUUCGCGGUAGAAUUGUCCCGACUGCCACCUCCUCCUGAAAAGGCCACUUUCACCAUCAGCUCACCGCCACCAGUCCAGUUUGCAGAAGACGAGCAGUCAGAAUUUCCCGAAGCGGAUAACCCUUUGUUAUCAUCUCAAAAUGGAAGUGACAGCGUUUUCAACCAAACAGACGAAGCAAUUAAUUCCACCCAGGAUGGCGAAGGCAGAGACGUGUUGACGGACAUGCCUCCUGACAGUAGUGCUGUGAACCGGUUUGACAAGUUUUUGAAGGAAAGAAAGGAUUCAGAGUUACUGAAUCUGAUGGCCAUAAGGCAAGGAAUAGAUGACAGCGAUAUAGAGGAUACAGGAGACAUCAAGAGCUUAAAAGAACUAGAAGAAGAAAACGAACUUCUCAGAAAACAUCUGUUAAUUUUGGAAAGCGGAAAGGGUACUGAAGACCUCGAGGAAGAAAACAGGAAUCUCUGGGAGAAACUGAAAGAGAAGACAGAGGAACUUGAAAAAAAGAGCGCCCUCUUGAAGGAGAAAGUCCAGUCCUUGGAAGAUAGAGAAGAGGAAAAUGCAUUGAUCAAAGAGAAAAUGAAAAUUCUUGAGGAAUUAGCAGAUGUGAAGGAUGUAGAGAAGGAGAACGACAAACUCAGGGAACAAGUCAAAGCUCUUGAAGAAGCUUCCAUGAUUUCAGAUGCAGAGAUAAAGAACACCAAAGAAGAAAAUGAAGAGCUAAGGGAAAAGAUAAAAACUCUUGAACAAACUAUGGGUACUGAAGAGCUUCAAAGGGAGAAUGAUUAUCUAAAGCAACAAGUAGAAAUGCUAUCAGCUGAACCCGAGAGAGUGAAAGAACUUGAGGGGGAGAACGAAACUCUCAACGAAAAAAUCGAGGCUCUCAAGGCAUCCGCAGAUGAUGUGGUCUGUGAAAACACAUUGUUAAAAGAGCAGAUCGAGGACCUGGAACAAAAUGAUAAACUACACAAGCUGAAAGAUGAAAACAAAAUGCUCAAGGAUAAAUUACAGUUCUUGGAAGAUGCUUCAAAUAUUGCAUAUGUUCGAAGUAAAGAUGCUGCUUUGAAAGGGCAGUUCGAAGUAACGGAGGAAAUUGGAAAGAGAGAAAAAGAAGAAAAUUAUUAAAAUGAAGAGCUCUCAGAAAAAGUACAGAUGUUGGAAGAGUCUCUGACUUCAGAACGACUGGAAAACGAGCAACUCAUGGACAAGAUACAGGAUCUGGAACAUUCUACGGGAAGGGUUGUUGAAAGACUCGAAGAGGAAAAUUCAGUGUUAAAAGAAAAUAUCAAAAUUCUGGAAGACACGACUUCUAACAUGAAAACACUUGAAGACGAAAACAUUUUGCUGAGAGAAAGGAUUGAAAGCCUGUACAGUACAAAGGCUAAGGGCUUGUCUGAGGAGGAAUUCGAGACUCUUCAGAAAAAGAUAGAACAGCUGAAGGAAGCAGAUAAGACAAUUGCAGCACUGAACGAAUCCAAUACAGCAUUGAAAGCAAGAAUAGAUAUUUUGCAGUCGGAGAAGAAAAACGACCGAGACGUUUCUUCAGAUAUGGAUCCCUCUGAACAACUUGGAAAGGUUCGACUGCUAUUAGUACAGGAUUUUGGUUUGACUUCAUCAGAGGUGGAAAGUGUUCUUGGGUCAUGUGACCUUGAAAGUCACGUGUCGUCGGGAAUGGCUACCCCGCGUGAUGAAUUGAACAAUCUGGGUCAUUACUUUGAACAGGCUGACGGACCAGAGCAAUCAGAUGUUGGUGACACACCGUGCUCAGUGAUCAAACCCAUACAGCAUAUAACACGCAUUCCAGGGGGAAUUAAUGAAGUCAACUCACCCAUACCAGAGAACAUAGCAAAAGAGCUUGAAAAUUUGAAACAAGAAAACAGAAGACUUUGCGAAGAACUUAAAGAACUAAGGAGAACAGUUCAGGACAGGCAAAACACUGAGAGAUUAAACGAGGAAACACAGACCGAUUGUGUGGAGUCCUCUAAGGACAUAGCAGCCAGGAGUCUCAAACACUCUCAAUACGUGCUUAGUUCGAUACCAGGCGAUAUUGAGGAGACCAUUGCACCUCAGGUCCGCUCAACUGUUGCCACUGAAAUACGCUACCUUGGCGACAGUCGUUUAGAGUUUGAGCCAUCAACUCAAAGUCGUUACAAGAAAGGUGCAGUUUUCAGUGGGAAAGAUGAUCCAAUGGACUAUUCAGCGCUAAUAAGAGACUUUGAAAAUACAAUGCCCAGUCAUAACGAAAGUUCUGUCGACUCUGAUGACCUCAUUUCUGAACCAGAGCUUAUGGUUUCCCAAAGGAAUCUGGACACCCAAAUGGAUAUUAUCGACCAACGUAUUCAAGAUCUUCGUUAUAUAGAAGAGAAGGAUUCAGUUCCUCUAGAGGAAGGUAGUAGAGACAGACCAGAAUUAGGUGAUCUUGUCACCUUUGGUUCAGACGAUGAGGGAGAUCUCCCUCCCCUCCCUGAAUCCUCUCCACCACCCCUCCCGUCUGAACCACCACCAGAUUUCACGGAGUCUCCGCCUCCCGUCCUUCAUGGACUGGAAGUGUUGUUGAAUAGUGACUCUUCUCCACCUAGAGAUGCAGCUACUCUCCGGGCUUCAUCUCGACAGCGCCUUCACUCAGAAAAUAAACCCACCUCUGAGGUGUCGCAAUCUUCUUCCCGAAUGGAAUCUCCUUUGCUUGUGGAGGAAACUACGUUGGUCCUUGAAUCAGACCCUAGCGAGCUGGGUGGAAUCUAUCCGAUCGAGGAGCCUACGUCGUUAACCGACUCAUCUGGAAGGCGGCCCACAAGUUUAGGAUCUAUAAAACCUGAUGACUCUAAAACCAAGGCUCCUCUUCGGGUACUUCCAGGACCAAGAAGACUCCUUUUGCCGAAGCGUGAACUAGGACCAUUAAACCAACCAGUGGUCUCAUAUGCAAAUUCAAAUGUGACUUCGUCGAUGCAGCCCCAGAGGUUACGUGAUGAGGAGGAUGGAAUCAUUCCUCCUCGGGGAUUUGUACUUAACCGGGCCGCUUUGAUCAAUAGUGGUGAAAUAGACGCGCUUAACGAGAAGAUUGGGUUCUUGGAGAGGCAGCUUAAAAACAAAGAAAAUGUUAUACGUUCCUUGAAGACCGAAGCAACUGAACGGGAGACUCAGUCUCUGCUUGAACGAAAAGAUCGUGAACUGAGAAUCUUGGAUGAAGAUGUGGUAUUUUUGAAAGAAGAGAAUCAAAAGAAAGAAAAAGAACUUCUUACUAAGAUUGAACAAUGGAAAGCGGAAGCCAGCAAUUCAGAGAGACAGAGACAAAGAAUGGAAGCAGCUUACAUGAAUUUACAGAACCAGCUUAAAAGUACACAUGGUGCGGAGAAAGAACUGGCCGAGUUGCAAACCAAAUACAGUGGAAUGGAAAAACAGAACUUUGAGCUAAGUGAAAAGGUGAAGAAGUUGGAAAAAAGUGAGAAAGAAUUUAAGAAACUGGAACAUAGCAUUCAAAUACUACAGGCUCAGUUACAAGAAAUGGACGUCCUGGAACAAGAUCGAAACAACUUGAUCGAAAAAAUGAAAGCGGUUGAGAAUCAACGAGAUGACCUGCUCAGAAAAGGAAGGAUGGUAGAAACAGAGAGAAACGAUUUCCUACGUAACAACAAGCUUAUGGAGAUGCAAAGAGAUGAGUUGAAGAGCAGAUGCUCCGUGUUACAAAAGACAAAUAGCACCUUAAACACCAGGCUGGCACAACUGGAACAUGACGUAAGAGAAGCCCAAACAAAAAUGCACGAUAGUCAACACGAAAGAAACUUCCUCAAAGUACAACUAGAAAAAAUGGAGGCUGAAAGAAAUGAAAUGCAAACAAGACUUGCCCUCACGACACAAGAACGAAAUUUACUAGAAAACCAAGUAGCAGAAUUGCAAGACCUUAAUAGGGAUCACGUUAAAUUGGAAGACAGUUUUCAUUCUCUUCGAAUUAAGCUUGCGGAAUCUACGCGUCACAAAGAUGAUGCUGAGAUGCAAAUACCAACUCUAAAGGCGAAGGUUUCCUUGCUUAGGAGAGCGUGUAAAGAAAAAGACGAUCUUGUCGAGAAACUAAAUGAAGAAAUUCGCGAUUUACGUCAUUUCAUAUCAACAUCUACUCUCGACGACCUCUCGAAAAUCCGCAGCUUCGGUUACGCGCACGACAACUUCACGAAGUCGUCUACCCAUCGGGAACAAAAGAAACAGAUCGCUAAACAAGUUCCCAAGAUGUUCGAACCUUCACCACCUGGAAGCAAAAAAGCUAGGCGCUUUAUUGCGUUGUUUGAUUACGACCCACAUAGCUCACCUUCUUCUGAACACCCUGAUUUGGAGCUCAAACUCAAAGAGGGAGAUCUCCUGACAGUUUUUGGUGAUAUGGACAUCAAUGGGUAUUUAGAGGCGGACUUGAACGGGGAACGAGGCCUGGUUCCUAGUUUAUAUGUGGAAGAAGUCGAGGAUGCAAAUGAUUCUGAUAUUGCGCCAGAGGAGCAGUUGACAAUUUCUCACAGGGUGGCGGGGCCUCUGAAACAUGGUGCUUUGAACAGGAGCAAGGAAAUUCAGUUGUACCCAGAUGUCAUUUCCUGCCGCCGUGGUAGUUCAUCUUCAGGGGCCUCUUCUGCGGAACCUGAGAAACGUCGGUGCCUAGUGGCCCUAUACGAUUACGAUCCUUUUUGCUCUGGUGUCCGUGGAUGGCCGCCUCACGAUCAACUGACGCUGAAGAAGGGUGAUGUCAUGACGGCGUUGGAAGAUCAGGAUGCAAAUGGGUUUUACCGCGUUUUUCUGAACGGCCAAACAGGGUUUGUUCCUGGACAGAUGGUGGAAAACGAAUCUUCAUCUUUAUCGCGGCAACCUGUGAACAGACGAGCUCCAGAGCAAAUAUUAGGAAUGUUAAAUAAUUAUCCCAGACGAGGACAACCAGAAGCUUCUUCAACACAGAAUUCAGACUAUCCUACACCGCUACCAUCGAUGGGAAGCAUGAAGUCACUAACUCACUAUGGUAAUUCCAACGGCCUUCAAUCGUCAUUAACUCAUACGUGUCUUCCCGGCAGUCCAAACAAACUACCCAAUGUGGGAUUAACAAAAUUCAAGCCAUCACCGGACGUAGAUAUGCUUGGUGUCAUGACUUCUGUGACACAGUCCUCCCAACAAUUAGUUCCGCUGUCCUCUCAAGAACCAGACAAAAUAUCGACACCACCCGCAACCCCCAAACAGAUUGCUCCUGUCGUGUCAACCAAGUCACUGUCUAAAAAAGUUCGCCCUAGUGCUCCAAGCAACUUUCGAUGUAUACGACCGGUGAACCACGAUGCUAUGUUGGUGGGAUGGACUCUACCGGAAAUGGACGAGUUUGGUAGAAGCAGCGGUCUCUCUGUGAAGGGAUAUAAGAUUUAUGCGAAUGACGACGUGAGGCUAGACGUUCGUAGCCCCUACAUGGCGAAGGCUUUGGUCGAGGGUCUUGAACUUGGUCUGCCGAUCAAAUUCAGUAUUAAGACUGUGGCUGAAAAUGGCACAUCUUCUGAAACUGUGUCAGCAGCAUUUAACGACACAAUCAAAGAAAGCUUGUUGGAUUCGCGUGAAGAAUACUUUGAGGAUUUGGAAAAUGAGCAGCAAUACAGAACGUUUGUGGCUCUUUACGACUACGAUCCGUUUAAAAGUUCACCCAAUCAAAAUCCUGCUGCUGAAAUGAGCUUCAAAGAAGGGGACAUCUUGAAAGUGUUUAACACUUUCAGAAAGGACGGCUAUUUUGUAGGAAAGCUGAAAAACAGAAAAGGGCUGAUCCCAUCCAACUUUAUAGAGGAAGUAGCUGUGGCCUCACCUCUGCGACUGGCCGCUGCUAAGAGACGAAAAGCAGCUCCUCCCAGUCCCACAAUCAGGCCUCAAUCAGGACACAUCAGUUCAGUUGAAAGUAUCGGUUCACCAACUGUCGGAGCAAAGAAUCCUGUGCUAAUGAAUAGAAAGAUGAUGGUGGCCCUCUAUGAUUACAACCCAGAGGUGCAAUCACCGCAAGAUAACCCAGAUUCAGAACUCCCGUUGAAGAAGGGGCAAAUAUUUACUGUUUUUGGUGACAUGCGCGCUGAUGGCUUUUAUCAAGCUGAAGUGAAUGGAGAGCUUGGACUCGUACCUGGAAGCUUUCUCGACGAAUACACCACUGGGGGAAUCGUUAGUGGUCUCCAGUCUGGAAUGCUCGAUCCAGUUGAAUGAUCAAGUAAUGGGCUCCUGACGAAGCUCAUCAUAAAGCUCUACAUGUUACUAGAUUCCCGUGUGGAAUUUUUUUAUGCAUUCGCAUACUUUGAUUGUAUUUUGUAGCACCCGCCUAUGCUGCAUCAAUUACUUUUAUAAUCUUCCGUUUUGGAUUUUUUAAUUUCACCUUUUUAUUCUCAUUUUUUGUUAAUUGUGAUAAAGAAAUUUUGAGUAUAGAUUUCUUAAUGUUAAAAGCAAAUAAUUUUGAGGAAAUCAGUCUAGUUUGCUGGCAAGCUAUAUUUUACAGCUGGAGUAGUUGAAUAGUAGAAAAUAGUACCAAAUAAUUGAUACAGUGCAAGAUUUUUUAAUUCCUGUACAGACUUGUAGAUAUCAGACCUCAAAGGUGUAACAGAUGUGACUUACACUGAAAGUGUUUAUGAAGGUAUAACAUUGAGAAAAGGAAAUCUGUACAUUGCAACACACUCAUUAAACUAUUGUCUCUCUAUUUAAA